AUGGGGUCUUGUGUAGAAAACAAAUGUGCAGAAAUCAAGGCCAGCAGCUUAAUUCCGGAGCUCUCCAUCGGCAACAAUUACCCUGGCACAACGAGAUGUCUUGAAUCGUGUGGGGGCCCAAGAUGCGAUUGCUUCUAUUUGAGCUCUAGCUGUUUGUUCUACAGGAUCUAUGCUGUUCCAACAGACAAUGAUGUCUAUGAGCUUUUCACAUGUUCCCCAUGGCAGGAGAGGGUAAAAGCAAAGGUGCAAAUUAAACGACCAACAGGUGAAACGUUCACCACCUACAUGCUCGGUCUGCGACGUAACGUACCAGUACAACUAGCAUCUAUGGACGUCACCUUAAGCGUGCUCUCAUGGCCAUACCUUUCAAUCCUAGACACAAAGUUCAUUUCAAACGCACAUACCACCUCUCUGUGGACAUCUGAGGCACUCCCACACUUACAGUGUCCUUCAUUGGAGGCCGCACAAUCUCUUCAGUGCAACCUCAUCGACUCCUGCCAAUGUGAUCCCGCCGAGAACCAGGUGAAAUGUCACUGCCAAGACCAGGACAUUAACAAAAAUUUCCGGAAAAUAGGAAAUGUCCUCCCCAUAACGUUCCCAUUCUUAAAGAUUACAGAGUAUUAUAGUAACGUCAUGGCGCAAAUAAAUCAAGGAAUCUCGGUCGAUAUCAUAAUCAACAUAAAGGAAACCAUAGAAGACACCAUAGUCGAUAUCACGGACGAGAUCUGCGAAGUUGACAACACUUUCAUAUAUGGAUGCUACAGGUGCAACAGAGGCGCAAGUGCAAAUGUAACCUGUUCUUCAAGUUCGAUUACCGUUUAUGCAGAAAUAGAAUGCGACGUCGACACGUUCACUAUCCCCCGUUCACCCCACAAGGAACAAUCUACGCUUCGUUUUCUUCUGCCUAAUGCACGUGUACACCUUAACUGUUCCAUCAUGUGCGGUUCUACCACGAAAUACUUUGACAUCACAGGCAUUCUGAAAUAUACACAUACUUUACAAACAAGACUCAAAGAAAUCAGUAUGCACACACAAAAUGUAACGUCGGACUUCGAGUGGCCUGAUGCUGGACACAUAGUCGAUGUGUACUGGCAAUGGUACAAAACAGUCCUCUUAACAGUCCUUAUCGUAGGAUUGGCACUCUUGAUUAGUUACCUUUAUCUCACGACUGCAUGUGGACGUCUAUUGUGCAAAAUCUCCGCUACUCUAAUUAGAAUUGCCUGCAAUGCCAUCAAACUUCUCAUAUACAUUGCAUGUUUCUCCUGCAAGCAUGUCUUUUCAACUAAACGGUGCAGUUCAUCGCAGCAAAAUAUUGCGACGAAAACACUGUAA